CCCAGGUCCCAGCCCAGAAAAGCAGACUUUCUCCUCCAUUUGAAGACCGACUCACCCCCACAUGCCUCUAGCUCUCCAAACGGCCUGGAGUCCUCGGGGAGCGUCCCCAUACUUGCUCCUUUCAGCCCCGGGGCGCCUGGCCCCACGGCUCCCCGGGAGGUCCACAGACGCCGGGGCGCAGCCACCCCCAGGCCUCACCCACCAGGGACCCCUUAUCUCCCUGCAGCUACGCUCAGACCCGGAGGCACGGCUCUUUUCCCACCGCCGGCUCUACCGCUCGCAGGUUCGGGCUUGUCUGGGGCGGGGACUGGCGAGCGCCUCAAGUUGUGACAAGGGCGGGGACGCAGCUCAUCUUUAAAGGCCGGGAACUGGCCCUAAGGCGCCUGGACAGCCGCCGGCGACCCUGGGCGAUCCGGAAGCGCGCAGGACCCGCUCCCCCUCGGCGACGCUGCCAUGGGCCGCUACCGCAUCCGCGUGGCCACCGGGGCCUGGCUCUUCUCGGGGUCGUACAACCGCGUGCAGCUGUGGCUGGUCGGGGCGCGCGGGGAGGCGGAGCUGGAGCUGCAGCUGCGGCCGGCGCGGGGCCAGGAGGAGGAGUUUGAGAGCGACGUUCCCCAGGACCUGGGGCCCCUGCUCUUCGUGAAGUUACGCAAACACCACUGGCUUGUGGACGACGCGUGGUUCUGCGACCGCGUCACGGUGCAGGGCCCCGGAACCUGCGCCGAGGCCGACUUCCCGUGCUACCGCUGGGUGCAGGGCCUGGGCAUGCUGAGCCUGCCCGAGGGCACCGCCCGCCUGGCAGGACACAAUCCACUGGACAUGUUCCAGAAGCAUCGAGAGAAGGAACUGAAGGAAAGACAACAGAUAUACCGCUGGGCCACCUGGAAGGAAGGGCUACCCCUGACAAUAGCUGCAGGGUGUAAGGAUGAACUGCCCCCAAAUAUGAGAUUCCAUGAGGACAAAAGACUGGACUUUGAAUGGACACUGAAAGCAGGAGCUCUGGAGAUGGUCCUCAAACGAGCUUACACCCUUCUGAGCCCCUGGGACCGCCUGGAGGAUUUUGAUCAGAUCUUCUGGGGCCAGAAGAGCACCCUGGCUGAGAAGGUUCACCAGUGCUGGCAGGACGAUGAGCUUUUCGGCUACCAGUUCCUCAAUGGCGCCAACCCCAUGCUGUUGAGACGCUCCACCUCCCUGCCCUCCCGGCUAGUGCUGCCCUCGGGAAUGGAAGCGCUUGGGGCCCAGAUGGAGAAAGAAAUCCAGAAUGGUUCCCUGUUUGAGGCUGACUUCAUCCUUCUGGAUGGAAUUCCAGCCAACGUCAUCCGAGGGGAGCAGCAGUACCUGGCUGCCCCCUUGGUCAUGCUGAAGAUGGAACCCAGCGGGAAGCUGCUACCUAUGGUCAUCCAGAUCCAGCCUCCUAAACCCAGCUCCCCAACCCCACCACUGUUCCUGCCCUCAGAUCCCCCAUUUGCCUGGCUCCUGGCAAAGUCCUGGGUCCGAAAUUCAGAUUUCCAGCUGCACCAGCUCCAGUAUCAUCUGCUGAACACUCACCUGGUGGCUGAAGUCAUCGCCGUGGCCACCAUGAGGUGCCUCCCAGAGCUGCACCCUGUCUUCAAGCUCCUGAUCCCGCACAUCCGCUACACUAUGGAAAUCAACACCCGGGCGCGGACCCAACUCAUCUCAGAUGGAGGCAUAUUUGAUAAGGCGGUGAGCACAGGUGGAGGGGGCCACAUACAGCUGCUCCGUCGGGCCUUGGCUCACCUGACCUACCGCUCCCUCUGUCCCCCUGACCACCUGGCUGAUCGGGGCCUGCUGGGAAUCCCCACUGCUCUCUAUGCCCAGGAUGCUUUACAGCUCUGGGAGGUCACUGCCCGGUACGUGGAGGGGAUCGUCCACCUCUUCUACCACAGGGACGAGGUCGUGAGAGGGGACCCUGAGCUGCAGGCCUGGUGUCGGGAGAUCACUGAGCUGGGGCUGUGCCAGGCCCAGCACCGAGGUUUCCCUGUCUCCUUCCAGUCCCAGAAUCAACUCUGCCAUUUCCUUACCAUGUGUAUCUUCACGUGCACUGCCCAGCAUGGGGCCAUCAACCAGGGCCAGCUGGACUGGUAUGCCUGGGUUCCUAAUGCCCCGUGCACAAUGCGGAUGCCCCCACCCACCACCAAGGAAGAUGUGACAAUCGCUACAGUGAUGGGCUCACUGCCUGACGUCCGACAGGCCUGUCUUCAAAUGACCAUCACAUGGCAUCUGGGUCGCCGCCAGCCAGACAUGGUGCCUCUGGGGCAUCACAAAGAAAAGUAUUUCUCAGGUCCUAAGGCCAAGGCUGUACUAAGCCAAUUCCAAACAGAUUUGGAAAAUUUGGAAAGAGAGAUUACAGCCCGGAAUGAGCAACUUGACCUACCCUAUGAAUACCUGAAGCCCAGUUACAUAGAGAACAGUGUCACUAUCUGAGCUCUACAGUGCCCCCACCUGGAAGACUUCAGACCAGCACUAUUACUGACAUUUCCAGCCUGGAUUUCAUGGUUACCUAAGUCUCAGCUGCUAAGGCUCAAUUGCCUCUCCCAGUUAGAUCCCCUACAUCAGAAUCCCACUAGCCCAGGGGGCAGCAAACCUUUUCUGUGAAGGACCAGGUAAUAAGUAUACUCAACUCUCCCUGUUAGGCAGAAAAGCAGCCACAGACAGCAUGUAAGUAAGUAUGACUAUUUAUGGACAGUGAAAGAUGAACACCACAUGUCACAAAAUAUUAUUCUUUUGGUUUAAUCAACCAUUUAAAAAUGCAGAACUAUCUGUGCUUUGCUCAAGGGACAUGCCCAGGCUGCGGCUGGACUGGCCUUCAGUGGCACUACUUGCACAGGGUACCUGCGCUGGCCUGCAGCACUGACCAUACUUUGCAAGGCAUCCAGUGAAUGCUCUCAGUGGGUCAGGGAAGAUUUCUUGAAGAAAUCAACUACCUCAACUAAUUCUCCUUUCCCAGAAGCCAGACUUCAUGCUUGGUGGCAAACUUAAAAAUUCCUAAAUUGGUUCUUUGGAACUUGUUCUGGACCCCUGUUCUUUCUAUUCCCACACCUACCCCAAAAGUUCUUGAAAAAAAUUCUGCUCCUAGAACAGAAUAUAAACUUUGGCCCCCAAAUGGCUUCCUUCCAAAGAAAGUUUCAAACAAAAGAAAUUCAUGUCUCAAGGCCACUCCCCAACUCUAGUACCUCGGUUUUCUGAGUUUCCCAGGUUCCAGCUUCUCUCACAACCCUUUCAAGAACAGUAUGUACAAAAUAAAUGGAAAAAUAGCACAGCGUUAUGCUAACCACUGACAGUGUUUCUUUGGUUCUGGGGUCUUGGGUGGAAAAUGACCCCUCAAUUAUGCUAUGAUCAUUGCCCUCACUAAAAUGGGUACAACAGGCUCAGUGUGAAAUUUUUUUUCAAACACCCCACUCCUAUUUCCCUGAAUAAUUAUUACAAAUCUUUCUCUCACCAGUGAAUUACACACACUUUUUCUUUGGAGAGGAUGAUCUAUUCCUAUUUUAAUAUCCUGUACCCUACUUUAUUCAAAGGACCUAUAAUCAGUUUCCUUAGUUUACAGUAGGGAAGCUAAGUGUCAUUUUUUGUGUACUUUGUCC